AUGGGCGGUUUCUGGUGCGAGGCAAUUACAACAACGGCCAUGGCCACCCGUGUGCAAACACUAGCUCUUCUUCCCCUGUUCCUUCUCUUCUCCCCUGCGCCCGCAGCUGAUAGUAUCAGCGCGACCUCUCCCGUCGCCGAUGGCCAGACGCUCGUUUCUGCCGGUGGAGUCUUCGAGCUUGGGUUCUUCACCCCGCCGGCCUCGACGGCGAGGUUCUUGGGCAUCUGGUACAAGGGCAUCGCUCCUCUUACUGUUGUCUGGGUCGCCAACCGGGAAGCACCCAUCACCGGCACCGCCGCGAGCUUGGCCAUCAACGGCACCGGCAGCCUGGUACUCGCCGAUCGGUCGGGACGUCCGUUCUGGUCCUCGGCGCGGUCGAACGUAACCAGCAGUACUCCGGUGGCCCAGCUCCUGGACAGCGGCAACCUCCUGCUUCAAGACGCCAGUGGCACGGGGUCGGUUCUGUGGCAGAGCUUCGACUACCCGUCCGACACUCUGCUCCCGGGUAUGAAGCUCGGGUGGCACCUGGCCACGGGGCUCGACCGCUACCUGACGACGUGGGCGAGCCCCGGCGACCCGUCGCCUGGCGACUACACGUUCGCGAUCGACAUCCGCGGCGUGCCGGAGGGGUUCAUCUGGUACAACGGCACGGCGCCGGUGUACCGGAACGGGCCGUGGAACGGCCUGCGGUUCAGCGGCGAGCCGGAGAUGGCGCCGGACAACGGCAACUUCCAGUUCGAGUUCGUGGCCAACGGCACCGACGCAUACUACACGUUCCUGGUAGACGACGGCGGCGGCGGCGGCAACGUGGUCUCGAGGUUCGUGCUGAACCAGUCGAGCCUGCAGCGCUACGUGUGGCUGCAGCAGCAGCAGGCGUGGAGCCUCUACUGGUCGCUGCCCCGGGACCCGUGCGACGGCUACGCGCAGUGCGGCGCCUACGGCGUCUGCGACGCCAGCGCCUCGCCGAUGUGCUGCUGCCCCGCCGGGUUCACGCCGGCCUCGCCGCGGGAGUGGGCGCUGAGGGACGGCUCGGCCGGGUGCGCGCGCAGGACGCGGCUCAACUGCACCGGGGACGGCUUCCUGCCGCUGCGGGGCGUCAAGCUGCCCGACGCCACGAAUGCGACGGCGGACGCCAGCGUCAGCCUCGAUCAGUGCCGGCAGCGGUGCCUGGCGAACUGUUCUUGCCUGGCGUACUCUGCGUCGAGCAUAAAGGGGGGCGAGAGCGGCUGCAUCAUGUGGAGCUCGUCGUUGAUCGACAUCCGGCGGUUUGAAUCCGGCGGGCAGAAUCUGUUUGUUCGUCUCGCGGCGUCCGAUUUACCUUCCAAUGGAGACAAUCCCAGCAGGAGAAACACAGCACUUGCUGUUGUCCUCAGCUUAUCCGGUCUUCUUCUUCUCGGCAUCGGCGUAUUCUUUCUGUGGACUAAGUUCUUCAGAAACAAAGGGAGGUCCCAGAGCACACGACCGCUCACCUCAUUCGACUCGAGCAACCCUCUUGCUCCAGUCCAAGACAGGAGCAUGGAAGAGGACUCGAGUCAGAGCAAAGGACUGCAUGAUGUCACUCUCUUUGACAUGGCCACGAUUGCCUCCUCCACCGACAACUUCGCGGCGGCGGCCAAGCUCGGCGAAGGCGGUUUCGGCGCCGUCUACAAGGGUGAGCUUGGGGGAGGGCAGAAGGUGGCGGUGAAACGGCUGUCCAAGUACUCGACGCAGGGCCUGGACGAGUUCAAGAACGAGGUGGUGCUCAUCGCCAAGCUCCAGCACGUGAACCUCGUCAGGCUCUUGGGCUGCNNNGUCCAUGGAGAGGAGAGGAUCCUGGUGUACGAGUACAUGGAGAACAAGAGCCUGGACAUGCUCCUCUUCGAUAAGGCUCGAUCGGCGCAACUGGACUGGCCGAAGCGGUUUGACAUCGUACUGGGCGUCGCACGGGGGCUCCUGUACCUGCACCAGGACUCGAGGUUCAAGGUCAUCCACCGGGACCUCAAGGCCGGCAACAUCCUCCUCGACGGCGACAUGAACCCCAAGAUCUCCGACUUCGGCGUCGCCAGGAUCUUCGGUGGCGACGGCGCCGACUCACACACCCGAAGGGUCGUCGGGACAUACGGGUACAUGUCCCCCGAGUACGCCAUGGACGGCGUCUUCUCGGUGAAGUCCGACGUGUUCAGCUUCGGCGUGCUGGUGCUCGAGAUCGUCAGCGGCAGGAAGAACCGGGGAAUGUACAGCAGCGGCGAGCAGACGAGCCUGCUCAGCCACGCAUGGAAGCUGUGGAGGGAGGGCAACGCGCUGGGGCUGCUAGACGAGGCGGUGGCCAGCGGCGGCGACCGGGAGUCGGAGGAGGUGCUGCGGUGCGUGCAGGUCGGGCUGCUGUGCGUGCAGGAACGGCCGGAGGACCGGCCGCACAUGGCCACGGUGUUUCUGAUGCUGGCCAACCUGAGCGCGUUGAUGCCACAGCCUAGGCACCCGGGCUACUGCAGCGACCGGGGAUCAACCUCCACCGACGGCGACUGCUCCUUGAGCUGCACCGUCAAUGAAAUCACCCUCACCGUCGUCGAGGGCCGGUGA